CGGACAAGAAAAGCGCCUGAGGGAGAGGAGGGGGGGGUUCCUUGAUAUUAUUAUGUUAGGAGCUGGUCUCGCAGCCCAAAUGGCAUGAUUCUUUCACCACGCACCGCUAUCAUCCAAUUUCUGAAAUCCCAUCCACCAUCCGCCGAAAUGUAAUGGUACGUGCUAAUUUCGAUAUCUGCUCUCGAUGGCUUCACACUUCCUCGCCACCAUCCAACUGCUGCUUUCAAACCGGUUCGGGCUCCGCGGAAAACAUCACGCAACUAACCCAGUCUAAAGCCCUCUCUCGCGGAUCCAGGUGCAGGUUUUCUCUUCUUGUCUUCCUACCGUCACGCUUCGUUCGGGCGUGCAGUCCAGCAUUUGCUAACGACUUUUACCCCCCCUCUCGUUUCCUUCUAGGGCCUCUCGUUGGUUUUCGUGUCCGUCAAGUCGACAACCCACCUCCUGCGCUAUCUCAGUCAUAUUACGAUCGCCUUCUCCCGCGACGCUGUACUCGAUCAUACAUGAUAUACGUCCAAAGUGACUCGAUUUCUAUUUUCGUUAGUGUUAUGCCAAGCAGUCCCGAGAACCAGACUUUCGAACAAGUUCUGGCUAGAGAGCCUAGAAUUGUAGGUAGCGAGGCCCAAGGAACCGGAUGGGAUGGAACGGCUUAUUACGCUACCACGGUUGACGUGCAUUGCGCUGGAUACGCUGGGGCCGGAUCCGUAAAUCGUUCGAAUACCACGGCUCGCGAUGCAUCCGAUAGCGAUAGACUAUACGCAUAGAAAAAGUGUAGUUAUCGUGCAAUUCUGGGAGAUAUAUGCCAUAGUGUAUCAUUGCCCUUGCGUAACCAAGUCUACUUCGUUUGUAUACUCUACGCCCGACU